ACGAGCACAACAAGUGCGCGCAUGCAAACAGCCCCGGAGCCAGUGGUUUUUGAGCCAGGAGCCAGUGCUACCCCAGCCCUACUCGAUUCUGCUUUUGUAGUGUAGUGUGCUCGAGUGAAAGUGAAAGUGAAAGUGACAGUGUCAGUGAGUGCGAGUGAGUGACGAGAAAGGAAGAGGCAGGACAUCUGCUAGCGGGUUUCCUCAAAAAUUUGCAUCUGCGAGUGCGCGAAUUAAUUAGCUGCGCGCGUUCAAUCAAACAUGUAACUCCUUUUCCGAGUCUGCGAUCAAUACUUCAUGUGCCGUGAUUGGUAGUUGGUGGUGGUGCCAAAAGUAGAACCCACAUAUUAGUUUACCCCUUCUAAACCCCAGAACAAACCACCUUACCACAUUAUUCAUUAGUUUUGUGAAGAUAAUCAAGCCGCUCAAGAAAGUGCGAAUUUUGUGAGAAUUUUGGAUUUCAAUCCUAGGCUAAAUCCCCCUGCAAGGCAAUUUUUACUUGACGGAAGCCAGGCAUUUGUUUGCCACUUCAGUCGGAACAAACCCAAACGGAAAUAUGAAUAUUUUUUGGAUAAUCGCUUUACUUUUAGGAUUACUGCAAACAAAGCCAAUAAAUGGACAAUCGGAUGUGCAGGUGCAAUUAGUGGUGCCCAGAUAUGUGGAGCGCGGAUCGAGCGCCACCUUUAAGUGCACGCACAAUGUUCGGCCGGAGAUACUGUUCAAGGUGACAUGGCUGAAGGUUGACAAGGGCAAGUUCUUUGAGUUCAUAAACGGACGCAAUCCACCAUUUCGGAAUUCCACCAUCGAUGGAGCCGAAAUAGACUGGGACAACUCGAACGAGCGGCAGGUGACGCUGAAGGAUGUCCAGUUCGAUCUGUCCGGCCAGUUCUACUGCGAGGUCUCAACGGAUACACCCAUUUUCACCAAGGCCAGCGCCGACGAGCUCAUGAGCGUAUACUUGCCCCAGACAGGACCGCCCACAAUUAGGUUUCGCAAGCGGACGCCCUUCGCGGUGGGCGAGAAACUUUUCGCACUGUGCAACACCACCCGCGGACGUCCCGCCCCACACAUCACGUGGCUAAUCAAUGGGAAAAAGGUGGAGGACAAGUACGUGCGCACCCACCAUGUGUAUUCGUUCACUGGGAAGCACCAGCGGCGCACACAGCAGCAACAGCAGACACAGAUGAGUCAGCAGCAGUUGCAGCAAUACUAUCAGCAGCAGUACUACAAUUCGUACCACCAGCAAUUCCACGUCCCCAUGGGUCAGUUUAUGGACCGAUACGACAAAAGCCUACGCUGGCCGGCAGGAGCUCGAGGUGAUGAUUUCCCGCACUUUAUGUCACACCAUCACGAGGGACACGGCCACCACGGCAGCCUGUAUAACAAUCCAUUUGGCUCCCUGGCGAACUACCACGAUGUAGGCGAGUUCCAUGAGAUCCACCAGCGUAACUACGACAUGAAGAAGAAACAGCUCGAGCUCAAGAAGCAGCAACAAAUGGAGAUGAAAAAGCACAGAAACAACAAUAACCGCAAGUACCGGCGCCACAUAAACGAGAACGCUUUGGGCAUCAUCCGCACCACCCUGAACAACGGUGGCUUCGGACCGCAGGCGCCCAACAACAACAGGGAGCUGGGCAUACCCUCUAACGCGGGACCGAUGAAUCAACUGGCGGCCGGCUACCAGCGGCCCCUGUCUCAUCCCGGCGGGGGCAGCGGAGUGGCGGCGGCUGCGGCCGCAGUGACAGCGGCGCAGCAGGAGAAAGGCAUGUUCAGCAUCAGCCAGCUGAACAUGGAGCUCACCGAGGAGCACGUCGGCAGCAACGGACGCAUGGAGAUCACCUGCCUGUCCACGAUCCCCUCGGCGGUGGGGCAGGGCGAGCAGUAUGCCGACUACAAGACCUUCUCCGUGAAAGUUGAAGUCGAGCGGCAUGUGGCAUCCUCCACAUCCACGGCUCCUCCCAGCAUCGGCAUGGCGGCGCUGGGCAAUGGAAACGGGCAUGGCAAUGAGACCUCCGCCGGAUGGAGUGCCCGCGGUGCGGUAGUGACGCACUUGUGGUCCCUGGCCCAGUUGCUCCUGCUCGUCUUGCUCCCUCUGAGCUACUAGGAUGGAGGAAGGCACGCAUGCAAAAGGCGGAUGAGGAGGAGUAGACCACCGACAUACUCUCACAGAAGGUAUAGUUAAACCAAACCAAGGACAACCACAUCAUCAAGAUCAUCAUACCCAUCGAGGACAAAGCAGCCAGAGCAGCAGCAGCAGAUGCAGCAUCAAAAAACACAAGUUGAAUUUUUUGUAAAUUGUACACCAGAAAUUUUUAAUCUAUUUCCAAGGCAAGGGCUCAAUUGAGCAGGAAAAUUAGCACAGCACAAAGAGCGGAAAACCCAAAGGACUGGAGCAAAUGCCUGGCGAAUGGAUUAGGAGAACAUUUUUAGCAUUUUGUGCUCGCCAUGGUCAGCCCAUUUAAAUAGUUUACUUGUAAAUAACUGCAAAUGACCGAGGGGACAGAGGCAAUGAUAUUCUUUUUUUGUUUGUGUGGCCGCAAUGGCAAAGCGAAAUGCUUGUAAUUAAGUUGCAGGCGGUCGGGGAAACUGGGUGAACGUUUUGCCGGCUGACCAGUGGCAUUUUUUGUAGCGCAAAGAAAAUUUUGUAUAGCCAAUUGGGCACUAGUUUUGGGGAAAGCGCGCUGACGAAUCCUGGGAAUGCAAUUUCGUGCCAAGAAUCCAAAGUUUUGUGCGAUUCAAGGUCAGCGCGCAACGGGGGAGACAUUCCGCCCACUGAUUUCCCUUCGUCGGCCUUGUCAAAAGUUUUUGGGCAAAUGCCGCCUCCAGAGAAAUCCAAAAUGCAAACAGCCAGAAUUGAUUGGGGCAAAGUUUUUAGGCGUUUCAAAGCAGUCGCUACGAAGCUUGUACCUAAAAUGCAUGAUCUUAGUGCAAUAGCAGAGAACACACAACUACACGCUCAAAAGUGAGUUAAAGUAACAUAUUUUUUACGGCAUUGUAGGGCUUUGGCUAGUCGAAUAUAAAGAGUAAAGAUUGUGGCAACAAGGGUUAGGCUAAAAUUAAGGCAAUUGAGUUUAGGCGCCAGAAGCAGCAGCAGCAGAAGCAGCAGAAAGCUAAAUAAGAGUAACGAACCCCGAAACCCGAACCAGACCCGUACCAACGUAACCCGAAAUAAAACGUUUAAAUGUAAAAUAAUUAGACAGUUAAACCAAGAAGCUUACAAAAACAAUCAGUGUUGAAAACAUUUUGAGAAACGAAAACAAAACAGUGAAGGGCGAAGAGAAAAUAACACGAACACAAGAAAAUGGCGUCGCAAUGGGCGCCGUCUGCGGCGCGUGGUGACCCCCGAAAAAAGGAGUCAGGUUGGGCCCGAAGGACCGAGGCUAUGGGCUAUGAGAUGGGUAAUGGGUUAGCCCAGAACCCAAAAACAGAACCCGUACUCAUUCCGGCACACAUUACGACGCUUACUUAUUUAUUUUCAUUUCGGCCCCUAAUUUUUGUUUCGUUGUGUGUAAAUGGUUAUCGUUGCAAUGGAUCGUUUAGUGUGUAGUUAGGAAAAUAUUUGCCGUUGCGAUUAAUUGUUUUAAUUAUUGUUUCUGUUCCGGCCAUUUAGAGGGGGCUGGAAACAAAGUACAGAUGCAUUUCGUGUACAUUUAGGAAAGGAUAUUUUCAAGCGCGCUUUAAGUGUCUACGGCUAGAGAUCAAUUUUAAACACGUAGCAUAACAAUGUAACUAUGUAAAGCAAAAGGAUAAACAACCACGGACAACCCGGCAAAGUAAAUACAUGUAAAGCAAUUAGUGGACUAGUCUAUAUCUUUAUACGUUUACGUAAAUAUAUAUAUAUAAUGUGCGUCUGUACUGUGUGUAUGUAAUUAGGCUUCUAUUUUUGACUCUACUCGACGGCGAAAAUGCAAAAAAAAAAAAAACUAAAACCAGAAAUAUUGAUAGAUAUAUAAUUAAGCCUGCGAUGUUCUCCUACAGUUUGAACAAGAAAAUCAGUUAAAGCUAACGAUUACAAUUACAAUUAAAAUUACAACUGCAAUUUGAAAAA